UAUGGACGGGUGCGCGUGUGGAGGCACCGUAGAAACCGGUGUUCUGUGACCGUCGUACCUCAGGCCAAUUAUGUAUUUCUGGCUUUAUGGCCGGACUAUUUGGUCAUGUCCGUGGUUUGGACUCCCCGAUCCCCUUUCAGAUGACAUGUUGUGAAGCUUAGGUGCCCCUCUGCGUUACAAUUAAGCCCUUCCGCUUUACUACAGUGGUGCUCAUUUUGUGUGCUUUUACGCGUCAAUCCGUUAUGUGCAGUGUUCGCACGCGGUGUACGUAUGUAUACAUUACUUUCAUAAUAUUCUAGUGAAGUGGCACAGAUCUCCCAAGUGGGAUGCGCGGCUCACCAUGUUUGUACUUGUACGUCCCAGCCAUAUGUUUUGUGUACUUGCGUGCUUGCUAGUCGACCAUGUACUCGAUUAUGCGAAUCGGUACGGCAAUAGCAGCUGUAGAGAGACUGAUAGACAUUCUAAGCGUACCUCGGAUGAGUCAUCAAGCUCUGUGUGGUGUCGUGGCCCUAACCAUACCGUGAGAACAUGCAUAUUCAGGAACUUGUACUAUCGAGGAGACACCGGAGAUUUUGUUUUUCUGCACGGCCCGGGAACGACUCUUCUUGGUGACCUAAACGGAAGAAACGAUCCUGCGCUUACCGAUUUAUCGUCUGUAAGCGAUCACGGGGCGUUUUACUUCAAUUUCGUGGACUUACCAGUGUCGACGUUUUCACCGCUCCAUGUUGUGGAUGUUCGCAGCGACACAUUUGUGGUCAGUCGCUUCAACCCAGACAAUCUGAUGCAUGUGUUUCACGAUGAUCUUAUUCCUAUAUUUUCGACUGUUCGAGAGAUACGUAGUUGCAGCAGUAGUGAAGAGAUACUGCACUGCCUAGACAACAUUACGCUGUUCCUGGCUGAUGAAAGACGAAAGGGACCUUACUGGCAGCUGUACAAAGCCCUUGUUAGAAAUCAAAAGAUAUUGUACAAAAGCCAAAUGUCUAAGUGGUACCGCUUUAGAAGAGCUAUUGUUGGAUUGCGAAAAGACAGCACCUGGUAUCAGUAUGGUUUUGUGGUCCCACAAGGCCCUCUCAACACUAACCUAAGGAUAGCUGGUGCAGAAGUCGGCCACUUUGCUCAUUUUUUCCUUCAUGCACUUGAUGUGCCACCGACAUUAAAGGUAAACAGAAGUCGUGCACUCAUAAUAUCAAGAACCAAGAACAGGCUAAUUACAAACCUAGAUGAGCUAGUGCAUAUGGUGCAGGCGCACACUAAGCUUACACCUGUAGUCAUUGAUCUGGAAAGCGAAUCGCUGCAGGAUGUAAUAAUUUUGCUGAGAGACACACAACUUUUGAUAAGCAUGCAUGGCUCAGCAUUGAUAUUGUCAAUGUUCUUGCAGCCAGGAUCAGCAGUGUUGGAAAUGUUUCCAUAUGGCAUUAAUCCUGACAACUACACUCCAUACAAAACCCUUGCAAAUUUUCCAUCAAUGAAUAUUGCCUAUGCAGCAUGGAGAAAUACAAACAAGACCAACACAGUGUUUCACCCCGAAUUUGAACCACAGUAUGGUGGAAUAUAUCACUUGCCGCUGGAAGCCCAACAGCAGAUACUCGAAAAUGAAGAAGUUCCACCACACCUGUGCUGUGACAAUCCAGACUGGCUUUUCCACAUAUAUCAGGACACAGCAGUUGACACAUCAAUUGUGCCACUGCUUGUCAACCUAACUGCUGAACACGUUCCCACACACAAUAACCUAAAAGAAAACAUUUUUCCAGGACCAGUUGUGGGGCUGGAAUGUGAAGUUCAAAAACAUUCUGAAGGCAACACACAGUUGUUAGUUACCUGGCAUGAGCCAUGGAAUAUAGCAUUUGUUAGUUUUGAGCAUUGUUACUAUGAAUCAUGGCUAAAAAAUGGUGCUGAGGUUGAAAUGAUUCAAACAAAUAUCACAGUUUUUGUCAGAAACGUUACUACCAAUCCCUUCUAUGUAUGGGUGAAAGCGGUGUGUGAUGGAAAAUCUGGUGGCUUUAAUGCAUUCCCUCCCAGCUGCAAGUAUAUCACCCACUGAAAACUUUUACAAUAAUUGCAUGGCAGCAGUGCAUGCUAUGUAAGGAAGUGUUUUCGAAUAGUCGGCCGAAUAACGCCAUGCUGAUGGUCAGGUAUGUCUGAUGGAGAGUAGAGGGCGUCCAAGGUGCAGUCUUCAAUGUUUUAUACAUAUAUAAUAUAUAUAUAUAUAUAUAUAAAUGACAAAUAAAAGUGGGCUCGGCACUGCAAGCUUACACUGAAAUUGUGCUGCAUUUCUUAUGCUUCACGUUUCACGGAGUACCAACAGAAUUUGAAAUGGCCGGGGGCCCGGGCUGGUCGGCGUCUAAUGUGAUGUCAUGUCGUCGUGGUCACGCGCAGAAACAAGAUCUCAAAACAAGCUCAAAACAAGUGCAGAAUUGAUCAAAACCAGUUCAAAAUAAGCUAACAUGAUUCAGAAUAAUUUAAAAGACAGGAAUAAUCAAGAAUUAAGUGCAUUAAUUAGCAAAAACUCGUGAAAAUCGCUUCCGAAACGCCAGUCUGGAACCAGCGCAGUACAAGAGAGGGCGCCACCACUCCACAAGCGCUCGAUUCCUCCACACUUGUGCAAGAAUAGCACAAGAAUAACAAAGGAAACACCAGCGCAUCACUGCUUUGCACUUCCCCAGGUUUCACAUUAGUGGAGUUGCAUUAGCGCUGGAUUUGAACUACACAAGCGCAGAAUUUUUUUCUUUAAGCCCCUUAACUGUCAAUGACGAGAUAACUCAUUAUGGUAAAGGUUGCACUACCUUGCAAUUUUGACACAUAUAAUUAACACACAAUGUCUUUUGCUAUUUUUUUCAACAAUAGGUCCGUCCGAUUCGCCUGCACCACUGUGAACCAGUUCAUGGCGGUUUAACGAGAAGUUUAGAAAUUGCGCAGCUCGAUUUCUGCGGUGCAGGCACAGCGUGACACUUGAAACGAAUGCCAAGGUGCAGACGCAGUGCAGGCGUUAUGUCCGACUAAUGUGCACGGAGUGCGUAAGGUUCAGAGGUCCCGACCUGCGGGUAUGAUCGGCUUCUGGGGCGUAAAUACACACCACACUUGCGUAGACACAUCACACUAAGUAAGCGAGGUUUUAAUGGCGCUCGCACCCGUGUGCUACGUCGUCUGCUGCACUGCUGCUUCGCACCUGUAUGCCUGCACCAAGUCGGCACCAACAGAGGGGUUGGUAGCAGAAAAAUCAUGAACCAGCCCUGCACCUUUUGAAACGAACAGCAUGGUUCAGCGGGCGCCAUUGCUGCACCGCUGAAACGAAUGGCAGGGUGCAGCAGCUGGUGAACUGGUUCAGGUGGUGCAGGCAAAUCGAACGUACCUAAGAGCAGUAAAAGUGCUAUGAAUAUUCCUGGUAUCUUUUUUAAAAAUAUAUGGCAAAAUGCAGUUUUUUUUUUUUUCGUAAUGAGCACUUUUCAUUAAUUUUUCUAACUUUCUCAUGAUAGUUAAGGGGUUGAUGAAUAGCUGUUAGUCCAGUUGCUGUGGUAUGAAGUCUAAAUGUUUCUAAUGUUUUGGAUGCAUGCUUUCUGGAGUAGCAGCCCUGCAAUUAUGAAAAAUGUGUGCCAGCCUGCCAGGUCAGCUCCAACAUGCCACAUCAGCAUCUAUCACUACAGCCACUGGGUAGUCAUGAUGUUCGAUCAGAUAUUUUUCUCAUUUGACAAAAUGUGGCACAAAUCUUGCUGAAGGUUUAGAAAAAGAAGGCAGUCAACAAAAUCACAAUAGUAAAAAAGAAAAUCAACCCUUCAAUUGCUGAGAUUUUAGCAAACUUGCUUUCAUCUUAAAUACAACAGUAUGCCCUUCAAUGCUUAAUCAGCACUUAAGAGAAUUCCUGUGCAGGUACUUCAAUGACUUUGUGUAAACUUGUAAUCUUAUCCAUUUUCCUUGUAUCCAAAUGAAUAUACUAUAGAGGGUGAAACAUGUCUGCCAUUGGGAAGAGGACAGGUGGGGUGUUGCAGUACAGCUCCAACAUAUUUGUACCUUUGCCACAGCAAUUAAAAAAAGAAAAGAAAAACCAAGUGUCAGUAGGCUUACAAUUCAGAAAUAUAUCUCGGUAGGCAUUACAUGUUGGUUGAUCAUGCUGGCGCAGAAAAGUGUCAGCUGCAUGUAUAUAGUUACAAAAAACCCUUUUUCCAAUACUGUUAAGUUUCCUUUAGCAUUUAUACUUCUACCAAUAUGACAGCACUAGUAAUCACUAAAAUUGCCUAAUGUGCACGCUAGGACUUGACACAUGCACGUUCUAUGAUAGUGGAGACCAUACGAACAUGUUUCACAUAUCGUAGCAGACUACUUCCACACAUGGGAAAACUCACUUAGUAAUUGUUUGUUAAAUUCACUACAUGGUGAAGCAAGUAGUAACAUGGAGUUACCUACACCUACAAAUCAAGAAACCAUGUGAGGGACAUGUGCACCCUUCAGUGUAGCAUAAAAGAAGUGGUAAGAGAACAGGGUAAAUGUGUGCAAUGCCUUCAUUAUUUUCGAAGGGAAUUCUGACAUGCCCAAACAAUACUAUGUCAAAGACACAGGGUUGCCAAAUCCACCUUAAAGGGGGCCCUGAACCACUUUUAAUUGAAGUGGAGAAAGACAUUUGAGGUGAAAAUAGGCUAUUUCAGAAAUACUUUGCCGUAAAAAGUACUUCAAUGCGUUCAGCAUAAGCAAUCAGCAAUAAGCGUUCAGUUAUUGGCAAUCAAACACUGCCUCCGCUGUGCUCCGCCUUUCUUCUUCAAUGCCUUGCACUGCGAAGGCUAUGACGGAGUGGGGCGGGGCCACAAUGCUCUGCCUUUGAAACGUGACUGUGGCGCGCAGUUCAAAUUUCAUUUUGGAUGUUAACGUAGAUGCCACGACUUCCGAUUUUGGUGUCUACGAUGCGCUAAACGUAAGCCAAACGCGUUAUCCUCAGUGAGCCGCAGUGCGCUUAUCCAGUGGACUCGUGGCGGCACCCCACGGCGGCCACGGUGUAAACGACCACAGCGACCAAUAACAGCCGCGUAUUGCCUCUGUUGAAACGAGAGCAUUUGAGAGAAAGGUGACUUCAUGCUCCGCUUGCGAGCUCCACGCACCGCCUACGACAGCGAAACUUGGCUGAUGUUCACAGCAGCGUAUGCUACCCAUGGACUAUGUUAUUUCACCAAGCCCAAAGGGAGGUUCACGGCCCCUUUAACAAUCAUUGGUGCGUAGCAAUGCUGCCUAUAGAAGUUGCCGACAGGCAGACAAAGAGAAAGUGUAAGCAAUCUGGCAAACAAUUUCGGUAUAUGAAACGGUACUUUCAGUCACAUUUCACCAUUUCACGAAUUUCACCAUUUCACGAGUACUUAUCUCACUUUCACCCGCCAUGGUUGCUUAGUGACUUUGGUGUUACGCUGCUAAGCACGAGCUUCCCGCCCACUUUCGAUGGGGGCGAAAUACAACAAACACCUGUGUACUUAGGCUUAAGUGCACGUUAAAGAACCCCAGGUGGUCAAAAUUAAUCCAUUAUCCCCCAUUACGGUGUGCCUCAUAACCAGAUCAUGGUUUUGGCAUGUAAAACCCCAUAAUUUGUAAUCCCACUUUUGAAAUUUACAUACAAACCAGGUGUAUCACUUACGCAGCCCCAUUACUCAAUGGGAAAUGAACACAACAUGGCACUUUGCCCAUAACAUUUUGUUUUGCAAACACUGACAUGCAGCCUGGGUCUCAACAGCAAGCGUUGUGCCACCAUUGCUGGCAUAAAAUUAGAGGAGAAAACUGAUGAAAAGAUGACUGUAUAGAGGUUAUCAUUCCUUAGGAGGCGCAUCAGUGAAAGGUUCUUUAAGCAAUACUGCUCCUAAUGACAUAAAAGCAAAAAAAAAAAAAAAAAAAACAUUACUAUAAGCAUGCCUGUACCACACUUUUAAAAGCAGCGGUAAAAGCUAUCAGCAUCUUGAAAAUUUCCUCAAAUAUCUAGAACAUAAUUCAGCAGCAAAGGGCCAGGCUGCUGUAUAAUAGGAGAUAGCAGAUUCAGCACGGAUGACUUGGCACAAAAGUAUGUUGAAAAUGUGUUACCAGAACUGCGCUGAAAACUCAAGGGACCUUAAACUAUUCAGGUUACCGCAAGAAACUUGGGCAGCCCCCACUAGGACAAGAGAAUGUCUUAACAGAGUUGAGUUUAGUCUACAGUACUUGAAGCUUGGUCAGUGACACUUUGAAAAUAAAAUGCAAUUCAUCUGAGAUGGGUUCGAUACUGCUCCUUCAAGGAACACCUACCACAAGGCUGUUGAACUGGAACUGAACCAAAAACUGAAAAUAAAAAAAAAUAUAAAAAAGAACUAUUUAUGAGCAAAGCAGAACUGAACCAGAGUGCUCAAAUUUUUUUAUGAAACAAAGAAAUUGAGCAGAAAUCAUAAAAAAUGAUGGUUAAAUUAAGCAAAGCUUUUACUGCUUUGUACCAUAUUGCACUUCUCUAUUUUGUCCAGCUGAAGCAUUGGUAGUUCUUUGUGGCUUUGCACGGCUGCAGCUCGCAGUCCAGCGCAGGCAUGAUAGCAAGAUGCAAGGCUGUGCAUUAGCUUUGUCAUAAAUGUUUUAUUUUGUUUUUGUCAUGUAUAUUGUAAUGUUGCACAGCACUGGGUGCAUCUCUUCCGCUGCAGACAUGGACUG